GCCGAGCCCAGCGGAGCCGCGGCGGAGCGCGGAGCGGAGGGCGCACCGCCGGGCAGCGGGCAGGGCGGCGGCAGUGCCGAUCUUAAAAUCUCAAGUCAUGUAUUUCCUUGGACUGUUGUCUUUGCUUGUUUUGCAAAGUGAGGCUUUCAAGACCAAUUUUCCUGAUGAAACCAUUGCUGAGCUCUCCGUGAACAUUUACAACCAGCUGAGAGCCACCAGAGAAGAUGAGAACAUCCUUUUCUCUCCUCUGAGCAUUGCACUGGCCAUGGGAAUGGUGGAGCUGGGAGCCCAUGGAACCACUUUGAAAGAGAUUCGACAUUCCUUGGGGUUUGACAGCUUGAAAAAUGGUGAAGAAUUUACCUUCCUGAAGGACCUUUCUGACAUGGCAACUACUGAAGAAAGUCAUUACGUGCUGGAUAUCGCCAACUCCCUGUAUGUGCAGAAUGGGUUCCAUGUCAGUGACAAAUUCCUGCAGUUGGUCAAGAAAUACUUUAAAGCUGAAGUGGAGAAUGUGGAUUUCAGCCAAAGUGCAGCAGUUGCUGCCCAAAUCAACAAGUGGGUGGAGAAUCACACAAACAGUAUGAUCAAAGAUUUUGUGUCUUCGGGAGAUUUUGGUACUCUCACUCAUUUGGCUCUCAUCAAUGCAAUCUACUUUAAGGGCAACUGGAAGUCACAGUUCAGACCUGAAAAUACAAGAACUUUUUCUUUCACUAAAGAUGAUGAAAGUGAAGUGCAAAUUCCAAUGAUGUACCAACAGGGAGAGUUUUACUACGGGGAGUUCAGUGAUGGCUCCAAUGAAGCAGGUGGCAUCUACCAGGUUCUGGAGAUCCCCUAUGAGGGAGAUGAGAUCAGUAUGAUGAUCGUCCUGUCCAGGCAGGAGGUUCCACUGGUCACACUGGAACCACUGGUCAAAGCCUCCUUGAUUAAUGAAUGGGCCAAUUCUGUAAAGAAGCAGAAAGUGGAAGUGUAUUUACCAAGGUUCACAGUAGAACAGGAGAUUGAUCUGAAAGAAGUCUGGAGAGGGCUGGGAAUUACAGAGCUGUUCAGCAGCAGUGCUGACCUCACUGCCAUGUCUGAUAACAAGGAACUUUACCUUGCAAAGGCAUUUCACAAGGCAUUUCUAGAAGUUAAUGAGGAAGGAUCAGAAGCUGCUGCUGCCUCAGGAAUGAUUGCCAUCAGCAGGAUGGCAGUGCUGUAUCCCCAAGUUAUAGUUGACCAUCCCUUUUUCUUUUUGGUCAGAAACAGAAGAACAGGUACUGUGCUAUUCAUGGGAAGGGUAAUGCACCCCGAAGCAAUGAACACAAGUGGCCAUGACUUUGAAAAGCUUUAACUGCCACCAGCCACCAAAAAGAGGAGAUAAGCACAUAAAGUUUGAAGUUAAUAUAUUUAAGGUUUGCUGUGUUUCCCCCCCAAGAUAUUGUUUCAAACGCUUUCGGAUCUAACUGCGUGCAAGUCAGUUCCCAGAGGGAAGCUUACAGUGUUAAAGUAAUGGUUCUGUUUCUGUUGUUGUGAUUGCUGUGUCCUUAAAAUAAAGUUGUGUACAUGUCAA